GUCUGCCCACCGUCUCCGGAUGCCCUAUCUGGCGCCGUGAGCCGUCAUCCUGCUAUCAGUUCGUGCCGCUAUCGGAACACCUUCUGUUCGCCAACUGCCUCAUAGAACGGCGAGUGGCGAGCGGGCUGCGCUCUUGAGGACACAAGUGUUUGUGGAGGCGAGAGAAAGGCAGCGGUGUCGGGGAGCACCGAUUGAGGACCGACGGACGGCCGAGCGGCCGACAGAUUCGACCGACCCGCCGAGCGACCUGCAGACAGGAGGCUCUGACCCAUCGACGGGACACCACUGACCCAAGAUGCAGCGUUUGACGCUGCUAGUGGUGGCUCUGAUGGCUGCAUCGCCAGCCCGGGCCGACAACCUCGGGGCAUCCGUUAAGAACUGCUACACAUGCGUCGGAAACGCGGACGAUCAGACCUGCGAGAAGGCCCCCGAGAAAGUGACUUCCGGCGCUCCGUACCUGCCCUGCAAGCGGAAGUACUGCACCGUCACCCGCCAGGAGUACACCGAUAACCCAGGUGUUGUCGUUCAGAUCACCAGGGGCUGCGAGAACUCGCUGCCUCACGCAGACGGCAAGGAGGUGAACGACGAGUUCACCAUGUACUACUGGACCUGCACCAGCGACCUCUGCAACACAGGUGACGGCACCAAGGCGCCAAACGGCGGCGGCGGCGGUGGCGGCGGGCUGCCCUACGUCCUGGUGGAGGGAUACGACGGAGCCGCCGCGACGGGCGCAGCGGCCACCGUCACCGGACUGAUGCUGCUGCUGCUGCACCAGCUGCAGUGAGGGAACAGCUGUUUCCACACCAGCUGAAGUGAGGGAACAGUUGCUACUGCCGGACCAGGUACAGUGAGGAAACUGAUGCAGUGAUGGAAUUGCUGCACCAACCGCAGUAAAGGAGGAACUGCUGCUACAUCAACUUCCAUUUGAUAUCAUGCAACGUUGCACGCAAGGGAAAACUUAACUUGCCGAUUGUCCAGCUGUUGGAAAUGCUGCAAUAUUAAACGGACGUAUUACUUAGGGAAGUCUUUGAAAUACUUGCAUAAUGUAUGAACAUGUGAAAAUGACUACAAGCAGGACACCUAUUAGUAACCGCAGAAUAGAAAUACACCAACCAUGCCGAUCUGAAGACCUCAGGUCUCGUUCCUGAACGGUGCUACGCUAAAUGUUUCGGUGGAGACGUACGACGCGGAAGCAAUGAAGAUCCAAAUAAAUAUUUAUCAAUGUGUGGCAAUAACUAAUACAACCGACAUAUUAUUGAUCAAAA